AUGAAGAAAGCGAUAUCGAACAUGAUUUGGGGGCCAGAUCCCGCCGAACAAAGAAAGAAAAUCAAAGCGAAUUUGCGGAGAAACGAAACUCAGCUCUCAAUCGAAACGCGGAAAUUGAAAGCUGCCGAAAUCAAGGCCAAGAAUCUCAUCAUCGCCGCCGACAAGCGCGCCCAGCGCAAUCCAUCACAGGCCGAAUCAGCGUCCCGCGAAGCCCGCAUGUUCGCCGGUGAGCUUGCCAGAGUACGGAAGCAAAGCCAACGCCUCGCUGCGACAAAAGCGCAGCUGGAUAGCGUGGGCAUGCAAGUCGAGCUCGCCUUCAAUAUGCAAAAGGUCCAGGGCACCCUCAACUCCAGCGUCGGCAUUAUGCAGGACGUCAAUACACUCAUCAGACUACCCGAACUUCAUGCUGUCGCCCAGGCGCUGGGGAAGGAACUCAUGACGGCUGGGCUCAUCGAGGAGAUGACUGAUGAGGUCCUCCCCCACGACGACAUUGAAAUCUUUGACGAAGAAGCGGACGGCGUGCUCAACGAAAUAUUGAAAAGCCGCACAGAGAAGACCGGAACGCUUCCAAACGAGUCGAUCCCGUCUGUUCCUGUCGGCCAGGAGCCUGUCGAGGUCGAGUUGGACGACUCUGCCUCGGAGCGCGAAAAUGCCAUGUAUAGGGAACGUCUCGAGGCUCUGAGGAGCUAA